AUGGAGUAUUGCAAACGAAUCUGGCCACAGAUCUUCCCUGCUCAAGCUGCUCUGACUUCAGCCACUCUUCCGUCCCAAGUGGGCCGCGUGGUGAUCAUCACCGGUAGCACUGCAGGUAUUGGCCUGGCGCUCACACGGAUUUACUAUGACGCUGGAGCCACGGUUUACAUGGCAGCCCGCAAUGAGACCAAAGCGCAUGCGGCCAUUCAAGCCAUCACCACUACCAGCACUUCGCAAGCUCCUGGGGUGAUCAAGUUCCUUGCCAUCGAUCUCUCCGACCUCCGUACCAUCCAACCCUUUGUCACUGCCUUUCUAUCGCAGGAAUCACGCCUCGAUGUGCUCCACAACAACGCCGGGGUUGCUUGCGUGCCACUGUCGCAGCGCACGGCCCAGGGACUGGAGCCGCACAUGGGCACCAAUUGUGUGGCCCCGUAUUUGCUGACUUCGCUGCUGUCGGAUAUUUUAGUCUGUACGGCAGCCGCACCAGAUACCGUACCCAACAGUGUGCGGGUGAUUUGGUCCAGCAGCUUGCUUGUCGACACCUCGGCACCGUCGGAAGGAGUUCCGCCCGAGGAACUUGAGAAUCCUAGUGAGGAUGCGAUUCGAAAUUACACCAUCAGCAAAACCGGCAACUGGUUCCUUGCCGAUCGCUUUGCAAAGCGAUUCACCUCGGCGUCGGUGGGGGCAAGUGACAGUCUGGCUUCGGCGAAGCGUGUCGUGAGUAUCACCGCGAACCCGGCCACCGUCCGCACGGGCAUCUACGAUAAUGCACCGCAGAUCGCGAUCUGGUUGACCAUGCCCUUCUUCGCGACUGUGGAGGAUGGAGCGCAUACCUUACUGUGGGCCGGCUGUAGUGAGGAUAUUACGGUGCGUGACGGGGGGCGUUAUGUGAUUCCUUUUGGACAGUGGCAUCCGAAUCCGAGGGCGGAUCUACUGGAGGCGAUGGCCGGGGGGUAUGCACAGCAAUUCGAGGCAUGGGCCGAGAAGGUGACGCAGGAGUUUCGGUGA